UCAACGCGUAACAUCAACGCGGACCAACCGAAGAUACAAACAAACUCACCCAUUCUCUCAUCUCUCGACAGCUUCCUUCGCUACAAAGGAAAACCCCCCUCCCAUUUAAACUCGUCGCCGCUUCACUCAGUCCAGCGAUCAAACACUUGGUCUGCACGAUUCUACACCAAAAUUAAAAUAAAAUGGAGCAGGCUCUGCUCUCAGAUCAAAAGCAAGAAGAGAGCUUGAGGUACUAUCAGUACGUUGGUAGAACCGCCUCCUUCAACGCCCCGUCGGCGAUUGGAGACGAGGUCAGCGUUGACGAGAUCCGAUCCGCUUCCGUCUUCUCUGAUCCCAACUAUUACCCGCCUUCGAUUCAUUCUGCUCUCGUCGCUUCGCCUGAAUCCGAUCCAUCUCAAGCUCUUGUUUUUCAAGGAGGAUAUGGGGAAGGUUUUCAACAAGGAUACACUUCAAAUCAAUUCGGGAGGCUAAUAUUGGAUGAGGUGGAAAUCCGGCAGCUACUUAUUGAUCAUGUUGGUCAUCGCUGUUGUUGGGCGAGCCAACCAGCUAGGAGGUGGAAAAUAUCUGCCAUUGAAGAUUGCAAUGUAUAUGUUGGAACUUUAGAAACUUUCAUAGAGGAGAGAGAAACUGUUAGGGAAACUGAGCCGUAUGCUGGUGGGGAAAUUGAUGGAAAAGGUACGGGGCUGGAACUGGGAUUGUGGGAACUGGACUUGAGGUCGGAAUUUCCUCUUCUCUUUGUACCACACAAAGAAUUGAGGGCAAAAAUUCCUCAUUCGGAAGCUAAGGAGAAAUGCUCAGGGUGUCAAGGUCGAGGAGAGAUUCCCUGUCCUACUUGUAAUGUCAGUCUAGAACCUGGGUUUUACAAGGAGAAUCAGAUGAGUCAAUGUCAUGUAUGUUAUGGGAGAGGACUGAUAGCUCAUCGAGAUGGAUCUGAUACAAUAUGCAAUAAAUGCAAUGGUAAUGGGAAGCUACCAUGUGUGAUGUGUGCCUCACGUCGAUUAAUUAAAUGCCAGACAUGCAAUGGACAAGGUUCUUUACUCACUCGAAACAUUGCUCUUGUUAGAUGGAGGACGCUCUCAAACCGCAAGGUUAGUGCCACCACUGGAGCUGCAUCGGUUCCCGAUGAGGUAUUCCACAAAGCCAGAGGCGUCCAGCUCUACAACACGCAAGCAUAUCAAUGCAAUCCUGCAUAUUUUGCUGAUUCAUAUUUGCUCAACCGCUUCUCAUCUGAAGUCAUCGCUGACCGAACUCCCAUUCCCCCUGCCUCGAGAGUCAUCUGUGAGCGUCACACAAUCUCAGUUGUGCCUGUAACACGUGUCACCAUGGCUCAUCGCAAUAAAGCCUUCAGUUUCUAUAUCAUUGGAGUUAAUAGAGAGGUAUAUAUAAGGGAUUAUCCUUCCAAGUUCUGUUGGGGCCUCUGCUGCUGUUUGGAGUGGUUGAAAGUAUAACAUUCCACCUUCAAAUUUUUAAAUUGCUGCUAUUUGUAUGUAAUUUUGUUAUGAUUUAUAUGCUUGUGUACAAUUGUUUCUGUAUUUUCAUCGUCAGUGUAUAAGAAGUUUAUAUAUGCAAUGCGUGAGUGCAUAAUUUUGGUUA